CAGAGCAGUGCCACUGACCUUCCUUUACAUCCUACGUACUCUCAUGCUGGAGAUCAUGUCUUACUGGUAGCCAGGAUCCUCCAAACCAUCACUCAUUUACAGUCUCGUUUUUACCUUUCUUUCUUUUGUUUUCUUUCCUUUUCUCCCUCUCUCUUUUCCGCAUUCUGGCCCGAGUGUGAUGUUACACUUGUUUAGUUCAUGUCUCGCUAUGCGGCCGACAUUUCUUCUUGCUCUGGCCUUAUGGCUCACCACCUCCCAUGUACACGCUGCCGCGGUCUUCGCUCAUUUCAUGGUCGGAAAUGUUCCAGCUUGGACAGUAGACGAUUGGCGGCACGACAUCCAACUUGCGCAGGCGGCACAUAUCGAUGCCUUCGCUUUGAAUAUCGCUAAUGGAUGGUUUGCCAACGAAGACACACUUGCUGUGGCCUUCGAAGCCGCGGCUACUGAUGGCUUUAAGCUCUUCUUUUCUUUUGACUACGCAGGAAAUGGCUCAUGGGCGGAGGCUGAUGUUAUUUCCCUGAUCAAAAAGUAUAAGCUUCAUGGAGGGUAUUAUACCACAGAGAAGAACGGAGCACCCCUCGUGUCCACUUUCGAGGGGCCCGACAGUGCCGCGGAUUGGGCCAAUAUCAGGGAUGAGACUGGCUGCUUUUUUGUCCCGGACUGGUCUUCAGUAGGUGCUAUCCCGGCAUCAGAGGAGGCUGAUGGUGUUGUGGACGGACUAUUCAGCUGGGCUUCGUGGCCCUGGGGCAAUCUCAACAUGACGACGUUCGUGGAUGCAUCUUAUAUAGAGACAUUGAACAGCAGCUCAAAGCCCUAUAUGAUGCCUGUCUCUCCCUGGUUCUAUACUAACAUGCCGGGGUACGACAAAAAUUGGAUGUGGCGAGGAGAUGAUACUUGGUAUCAACGUUGGGUUCAAAUCUGGUAUCUACAGCCCGAAUUUGUCGAAAUCAUCAGCUGGAAUGAUUUCGGGGAGUCACAUUAUAUUGGGCCCUUGGAUAAUCGGUCGUAUAGCCCUUUUACCACAGGUAGGGCUCCUUUCAAUUACGUUGAGCAUAUGCCCCAUGACGGAUGGCGUGAGCUAUUGCCCUUCAUGAUUGAUACCUACAAGAAUGGUCGCGCGCUCGUGACUGAAGAGAAGAUCGUGAUGUGGCACCGCACGUCCUUGGUGGAUGACUGUGAUCGAGAUGAUACAACUGCGAACACAGCCUCGCAGUUACAGGCUGAGUUUUUGCCCAAUGAGGUAGCCCAGGACCGCCUCUUCUUUACUGCCUUGCUGGCUAGCAAUGCAGAUGUUGUCGUGGAGUAUAAUAAUCCUAGCAGUACUGUCACAGCGGGCUGGGACUUCCUGCCUCCGGGACCGAAGGGCUUUGGAGGCCCAGGUCUAUACCAUGGAAGCGUGUCUUUGGAACAUGCAGCAGAAGUGAACCUGAGAAUUGUCCGCGACUCAGUUACCAAACUGACUCUGUCGUCAGGUCAGAGUAUUUCCGCGGACAAUUGUAACCAGGGCAGGACCAACUUUAAUGCUUAUGUGGCGGCGAGCGAAGCCAUUGAAGUUGAACACGUCUAUGCAACUUUUAAUCUCACUGAGUUGAGUUGCAUUGCUGGGUACAGUGCGGAUGCGUUCACUGAGCUGUGCGAGUUUACUUGCGCUUGGGGAUAUUGUCCCGUAGGCGCUUGUGUGUGUACAAACCUAGGCGUCAUCCAGACCCUACCCAACGCCACUGGCCAGGUUGGCUAUCCGGCGAAUGGCGACGCAAACUACGCCGGGCUCUGCACAUUUGCCUGUAACUUGGGAUUCUGUCCCUCCAAGUACUGUGCAGCUACUCUCCAAGCCUCAUAUAUCCCCACGGUCUCUCCGUUCACCCCGAACGCUUGCGUGGCAGGAAUGGGCGAGGGCAGCUUCGCAGGCUUGUGUAGCUACGCUUGUGCUUUUGGAUUCUGCCCUGAGAAUCAUUGUACAUGUACCAAAACGGGGGCGCUGGCUCCAUCUCCCGUCGUGGUCAAUACCACUGGCGUCUCCUUGAUUGGAGAUGACUCCGAUCUGUGCAAUUUCGCUUGCCUGCGUGGCUAUUGCCCCGAAGGCGCCUGCGCCCGGGCCGCGGCCUUCUACCCGGAUACCUCCUGCAGCGACGCCCAGAAGGCCAUGAUCCAGACUGAGAUCAACCACGCCAUCACCAUCGCCAGCUAUGCUGCCGAGAAUUUCCAGAAUGGAGAUUACUAUACCCACUUCUUUGCCGAGAAAGUCCGCACUGCUGACUUUCCCGCGCACGCGGAGGCAGUUUACCGACGCGUGGCGGCCGUCCUCGAUGGCACGGCUCCUUAUGGCCUCAAGCUCACCUGCAAUUUUGCACAUCCAGAGUGUUAUAGAAGUGUUGCUCAUACCAAGGACUCGGCGAGGAGCUUGAACUUUUGUGCUGGGUUCUUUGCGAACUCGAAUGAUCCAGAUAGUAACGGAAAUGUCAUCCUUGCCACCGAUGACCGUCUCCAGCACUGCCCUACCUUGAAUCUUCGGAAGGUCAACCGCAGCCGCGCUGCUACUAUUAUCCACGAACUCACCCAUACGUCUUUCGUUAUGAAUGGAGUGAAUGGGGGCGAAAAGUCAAAAGACUACGCAUAUGGAAUCCUUGGCUGCACUGAAUUGGCCCAAGGGAGACUAGAUCGUUCAUGUACAGCUUGGUACCGGAGUAAGCCAAGUGUCAUUCUCUGUCCUAACACCGACGGGAAGGAGAGUGUAUGCGAUGCAGAUCGAAGUGCAUGGAAUGCCGAGUCAUGGCAAAGCGUCGCGAGCGGCGUCUACUUCAGUGCGCAGUGCCAACGCGCAAUUGAAAUUAGCAACGACGUCCCAGUAGUGUCGGUUACGAGCGAUGAAGACGGAGACAUAACCGUGCCGAUUUCGACCACCAGGAGAAGAGAUACAAACUGCCCCGCAUACGAUGACUACUUCAUCUGGGACGAGGAUGAACAGCCGGUGAGCGUCAAGGGAUAUGUACACUUUGGGGAUUCCUUCGCGGCUGGCAUGGGCACGGGAUCGACCUCGUGGGAUGAGUGUCGUGUUGGCUCCAACAAUUACGGGAAACUUCUCUACAACUAUCUGAAUGAUUCCAGCAUACCUUUUGCGAAUUAUGCGUGCUCGGGAGACACCACGACCGGACUAGCUAACCAAGUCAAAAAGUGGAAAGACACCUCCUCAUUUAAUCUCGCCACAUUAACAUUGGGAGGAAAUGACGUGGGAUUUAGUGAUAUUAUCCGCAACUGCAUAACCUGGGAGUUACCCUGGGGCUAUACGGCGAUGUUCCAAGCCCGGUGUGAGGAAGUAAAGGACAAGGCUAGGUCCAUUCUAAGCGAUACGAGCUCAUCCGGAAUGAGAAACAAGCUCAAGGAAGCUUACCUCAGUAUUCUCAGCGCCUCCCUCAAUGAUGACUUCAUGCUCUAUGUCACUGGUUAUGUCGGUUUCUUCAAUUACGACACCACCAUCUGUGACCUCUCCACGUUCAACUACUGGUGGCCGUCAUAUAAGCCUCUUCUCCCAAUAUGGGAUGAUGUGGCCUUCCUCCAAACUGCCGUGCGAAAAGAAUUGGACGACCUAGUGGACCAGAUGAAUCAAGUGAUCCAGCAGGCAAUCAAAGAUGCAAACUCGGCAUAUGGCUCUACUGGCGUGACAUACGUCAAUAUGCAGCCCUCCUUCGACACGCAUCGGUUUUGUGAAGAAGGUGUCUAUGAACCCAGUCCGAAUCGGGGAGAGACGUUUUUCUUCCUCAGUGGGUGGGAUGAUUAUCCACACGAGCACGACGAGCUGGUCACUGUUGAGGCCGAGACUGCCGCCGUUGAAGCGGCCGAGGUGGUUCAGAUGAUGUCUUUGGGCAGCAUUCCCAUCCCCGACGCUGUGACCUGCAAUACCACCCUGGGAACCGACCCCGAUCCUUAUGCUGUGGUGAUGUGUGACGCGUCCCUUUCUGUUUCCAUGGAUCCGAAUGGCAAAGUAGCUCAGCUUCUCGCACAGGCCAAUACCGACAUUUCCAGUAGGAACUACAGCAGCACCGCUAUCAAAUGGUGGUUACCGACUCGCCAAAUCAAGACCUUCCAUCCACGCUCCGACGGGAUGUUUGCCUUCCGCGAUGCCGUCUGGACCGCAAUCGAAGCUAAUACCUAAACUGGUUUUCCUUUUCCUUUUUUUUUUUUUUGAUCGAGAGUAUUGUCUUGGGAUUGUCUGAGUUUGGCGACUUGAUUAUUCCUGGAG